AUGGCUUGCUUGCUCCGUCUGUGUAUGUGUGAAAUGCUGUAGAGUCUGUUUAACCUGUUACUGGGUGUUUCAGAACACAAAAACGCAGAGGGAGUGAAAGAGGACACGCCCUCUACUCGAAUCCACUGCAACAAGUUUGGAAAGGAAAGAGCCAGUAACUCUGGCAUAAGUUUAGUCUGGGUUUGCCCUUGCGAGCAAGCAGUCCAGUUCCAGCGCCAACUCCGAAACAUGUCGCAGCCGCACAAGAGAAAACCCAAAGAGCCCAGAAAGGAGGGAACUAAGUCUGAUUCGGCUAAAUCAAAACCAGGAGCCAGCAUGACCACGCGAUCAUCUGAGCAAGGAAAAACAAAAGCCGGUGAACCUGUUAAAGUUGACAGUUCUAAACCAAUGAGCUCGACUACCAAGUCAUCGCAAAAGCCAGGAUCUGCAGGAACACACAAAUCGGCAGACUCAUGCAAGUCCAAGACUACAUCUGGUUCCUUGGCUGCAUCUAGUGGAGCUACUCGAGCAAAGCAGAAACAGCCACAGUCCACAGCGACCCAUCAGAGCAAAAUGGGUCAGAAGGCGACCACUACUUCUAAACUGGACACAAAGGAAAGAACACUUCCAGCAAAAGUGGCAGGCACUUCACUUCACAAAAACAAUGACUCAAAGAUUCAGGAUGGCAAACCAAUAUUGAGUGCCAUGGAACAGCUCAUGGAGCCAUUUCCAUCACAGGGACCAGAUGCUCCAGUUGCCAAGUGCACUGGGCCUGCAGCGAAGGAUAAAGAUCCACUUGACCUACUUGCAGAAACUCUUCCAUCCGAGGCUCCUGAUGAUUCCGCUCCGAAAUACACUGGCCCGGAAGUGAAGGAAUCCGAUGUGACAAAGAAGAAAGGUGAACGAGUAGGAGAACGGGAAGACACGAUACCACCUGAUUACAGAUUUAAGGACCAGCCUGAUCCUAAGGAUAAAGGAAAACCAGAAUCUUCCUCUGCUGGUCCAGGAGCUAAACCAAAGGUAACAGAGAAGGGUAUGACAGAGGGUGAUGCCCUGGAGUCUCUGUUGGCUGACUUUGCCCUAAGCUCUGCGGCUCCAGUUUCAAAAUGCUCGGCUGAGGUUUCUCACUCCGCGAUACCUCCCCCUACCCAGAAGCAGGCACCCUUGCAAGUUUCAGCGGCUGCCACUGUGUCGACAAGUCAACCUGGUGCAAAGGAUAAAGAUGCGUUUGACCUGCUCGCAGAAACACUUCCAUCUGAAGCACCGGACCGGUCAGCUCCCAAGUACACUGGGCCCCUAGUGAAGGAAUCGGAUGUAACCAAGCAACAUAUUGAACGAAUGGGAGAUCGAGAUGACACACUGCCACCUGAUUACAGAUUUAAAGACCAGCCUGAUGCAAAGGAUAAAGGACAGCUGCCUCCUUCUACUGAUCCAAAACCAAAGACUUUGUCAGAAAAUGAUGUCCUGGAUUCGUUGUCAGCUGAUUUUGUCCAAAGCUCUACGGCAACAAUUUCAAAAUGCUCGGCAGCGCCAGCCUCUCUGCAGCAGCAGGCACCUCUGCAGGCUUCAACGGCUGCUUCAGUUUCUGCAAGUCAACCUGGUAAGAAGGAUAAAGACGCACUCGACCUGCUUGCACAAACCCUCCCAUCAGAAGCGCCGGACCAGUCAGUUCCUAAGUACACUGGUCCUCCAGUGAAGGAACCAGAUUCAACUAAGAAGAAGGGUGAACGAGUGGGGGAACGGGAAGACUCAAUACCGCCUGAGUACAGAUUUAAAGAGCAGCCUGAUACGAAGGGCAAAGUGCAACCUGCUUCCUCUGAUACUCCAGCAGCAAAACCAAAGACUAUGACGGAAAGCGAUGUCCUGGAUUCGUUGUCAGCUGACUUUGGUCAAAGCUCUCCGGCAACAAUUUCAAAAUGUUCGGCUGCAGUUUCCCAGUCUGCAGCGCUGCCCUCUCUGCAGAAGCAGGCACCUCUGCAAGCUGUAACAACUGCCUCAGUCUCUGCAAGUCUUCCUGGUGGUAAGGGCAAAGAUCCAUUUGACCUACUUGCAGAAACUCUUCCAUCCGAGGCUCCUGAUGAUUCCGCUCCGAAAUACACUGGGCCGGAAGUGAAGGAAUCAGAUGUAACUAAGAAGAAGGCUGAACGAGUUGGAGAGCGAGACGACACAAUUCCACCUGAUUACAGGUUUAAAGAGCAGCCUGGCUCGAAGGAUAAACUGGCUUCUUCUUCCACUGAUACAAAAGCAAAACCAAAGACCAUGUCAGAAGGUGAUGUUCUGGAUUCCCUGUCAGCAGACUUUGUCCGAAGUUCUCCAGCUCAGAUUUCAAAAUGCUCAGCCCCAACAGCUCACGCUGCAGCACCGCCCUCCGUGCAGAAAGAGGCACCCCUGAAGGCUUCGACAGCUGCCCCAGUUUCUGCAAACCAAACCGGUUCCACGGGUAAAGAUCCUCUUGACCUCCUUGCGGAAACUCUUCCAUCAGAAGCACCGGACAACUCGGCUCCCAAGUACACUGGCCCUGAAGUAAAGGAAGCAGAUGUAACUAAGAAGAAGGGUGAACGAGUGGGAGAGCGUGAAGACACCAUACCACCUGAUUACCGAUUUAAAGAGCAGCCUGAUCCUAAGGGGAAAGUCAACUCAGGCGCUUCCCUCACUGAUGCAAAAGCAAAACCAAAGGUUUUGUCUGAUGAUGAUGUCCUGGAGUCUCUGUCGGCAGACUUUGUCCAAAGCUCUGCUGCUCCAAUUUCAAAAUGCUCGGCUAGAACGUCACAGUCUGCAGCACCGCCCUCCGUGCAGAAGGAGGCCCCAUUGAAAGCCUCCACAGCUGCCUCAGUGUCUGCAAGUCAAACUGGUGCUAAGGAUAAAGAUCCACUUGACCUACUUGCAGAAACUCUUCCAUCCGAGGCUCCUAAUGAUUCAGCUCCGAAAUACACUGGCCCGGAAGUGAAGGAAUCAGAUGCAACAAAGAAGCUGAUUGAACGUGUGGGAGAACGAGAUGAUACGAUACCACCUGAUUAUAGAUUUAAGAAGGAGGAUGAUUCAAAGGAGAAAGGUAAACCAGCUUCUUCCAUCACUUCUCCAGGAAGUCAACCAAAGGGUAUGACAGAGGGUGACGUCUUGGAUUCUCUGUCGGCUGAUUUUGUCCAAAGCUCUGCUGCUCCACUUUCAAAAUGCUCGGCUCUGGUCUCUGAGACAGCACCCCCACCUUCAAUAAAGAAGCAGGAACCUCUGAAAGCUUCUUCAGUAUCUGCACUGAAAGCUUCUUCAAUAUCUGCAAGUCAGAGUGGCGUUAAGGAUAAAGACGUGUUAGAUCUGCUUGCAGAAACUCUUCCAUCAGAAGCUCCAGACAAUUCUGCACCCAAGUACACUGGCCCGGAAGUGAAGGAAUCUGACUCUUCCAAGAAGAAGGCUGAACGUGUGGGCGAAACUGAAGAAUCCAUACCUCCUGAUUACAGAUUCACUGAACAAGUUCAUCUAAAGGAUAAAGGCAAAAGCAAAGUGCCCUCCUCGUCCACUGGUGCAGGAACAAAACCAAAGACUAGGCCAGAAAGUGAUGUCUUGGACUGUCUGUCAGCUGACUUCGUCCAAAGCACUCCAGCAACAAUUUCAAAAUGCUCGGCAGCGCCGCCUUCUCUGCAGCAGCAGGCACCACUGCAAGCAUCAACAGCUGCCUCGGUCUCUGCAAGUCAACCCGGUGCUAAGGCACCACUGCAAGCAUCUACAGCUGCCUCGGUCUCUGCAAGUCAACCUGGUGCUAAGGAUAAAGAUGCACUUGACCUACUUGCAGAAACACUCCCAUCUGAAGCACCGGACAAUUCAGCUCCCAAGUACACUGGGCCAGAAGUGAAGGAACCUGAUGCUUCCAAGAAGAAGGCAAAGCGUGUGGGAGAAAUUGAAGAAUCCAUACCUCCUGACUACAGAUUCACUGACAAAACGAAUCCAAAGGAUAAAGGUAAACCAGACUCUUCAGCCACAGGUCCAGGCGCUAAGCCAAAGACAAUGGCUGAAGUGGUAGACAGCCUUUCAUCAGAUUUCAACACUUCCUCUUCAGCCUCACAUCCUGUGGCACCAAUCUGCCAACAGAAAGAGACAAGACAAAAGUCUGCUGCUAAAUCUGAAACAAAGAAAGCUCAUAAACGCUAAAGCUAUCAAAACAGGUCCUGGUUUACAAACUGACCACUGUGCAAGUUUUACUUUUCAUUGGGAAUAUGCUUCUGUAUGAAUGUCUGUGGUUUCUAAUCAACUUUCCAAGGAGCUGCUGUAUCAUGUAGGGAGAUUAUGAACAACUUUGAGAAAAAUUUUAACUUUGACUCUUAGCUUUAUGACAUUGUAUGAAAUAUUACAUGCUCUCUGAAGAUUCUUAAACUGGAUUUAUAUAUUUAAAAUUCUUUUUCUAAGUGGGAAGGAUGGUAUAUUUGUAGGAAAUGUUUACUACUAAAAUAUACUGUUAAAAAGUGUGACAGUUGUUGAAGUUCAGUUCAAUUUCUUUCUGUCUGAACUGGAGAAUGUCUCAAAACGACACACAGUAUUGAAUUCCUUUCCCUGGGAACUGUCUAUGCCUGAAGCAGUCUAUUCAUAACCUUGGUGUUACAUUUGAUCCGGGGAGAAGCUCUGCCAACAUAACUGCACCAUGGCCUAAUAUUGUAUGUCUGACUCCGCCCUGGCUGAGCUCUGUUGUCCCUGGAUCCAAUUCUUCUCCCCUGGUUAGUUUCUGUCUAGCAAUUUACUAAGAUUUUAGCUCACUGUAAGCACAUUUGCCAUCAUUGUAACUCAUCAAUUCCCAUGAUUAAAUGUAGACUCAACAAUUUAUAUUGACACUAGGUCUGUAACUAUGGGUUUUUAAAUGCUCCCGAUUUUUAGGCCUCAGGCCUCAGCCCUCCUCAUCCCUGAAACCCUAUGGGAUGUGUGCUUCUCCAACUCUGAGCACUUGAUGUGAUUAAAGUUGGAGAUGACAUUUACCUUUAUCACUUCUGACCACUGAAAUUCAUUAGCAGCACAUCCAUGCUGCCUCUGAGAUACUCCUUUAUUCACACAAUACCUUCUUGAUCGCAUUCCCUAAUGAAAUCUUAUGUGACUCAAUAUCAAACCUUGUUUGAUAAACUCCUCUGAAGUGCCUUGGAACAUAUAGCAAUGUUAAGGAUACUAUGAAAAGUGAACAUUGACAUUUAUGUGGACUGUAAAGGCUUGAAUAAAGUUUCCAGGAUGGAUUACAUUUGCCCUAAUGCAGCACAACAUUGUGUUUGAGUCUCAACUAUUUACUUAUACUUCAUGGCUUGGGUGUAUUAUAUCACAUGGGUACAAAGAGAAACUAAAAAUAAAAUGUAAAGAACACAAAAUGUGUGAGUUUCAUUUAAACGGGUUGUUGCAGAGAACAUAGGACUGUAUAGGCCCUACAGGCCACAAUAUUGUGUUGAACCUUUACUUUACUGAAGCACCUUCAAUUAUUCCAAAGGAUUGAGGUUUGGUAAAAUUACUGAAAGGCUUUUAUUUGCUGUACAAUACGACCUCCACAGUGAGUGUCUGUCCCCCGGACUGAGGGGGAGGGGCAAGACGAACACCUUUAUACAGGACUCUGUGGGAAGAGCCACAGGGGCAGUCAGCAGAGGUGUGUGUCCAGACAGGUAACCGAGUUACAACAUAUAUACAUGGUUUACCACAUUUACACCAAGAUCAAUUUAACCCUUCCAUCCCACAUAGCCCUCGCUGUUCUCUCUAAAGUGCGGGGCCGCACAGGAACAGAAAUGCUCGCGUGCACCUAGCCUUUGUUGCCACACAGCUGGAGUUUUCUUUUAUAUAAUGUUAACGUAAUUUUAAAAUCUAUGGUAAUAUAAUUGUGAAAUACUCUUGAGUUUUCAUUCUAAAUAUUCAUAGUAUGCUUGUUACAAAAAUAAACAUUAAAAACUACCAUGCAGUUUUCAGGGCAUGUAAAAAUUUCCUGCUCAGAGCAAUGGUUGGUCUGUACAGCUAUAUAAAAAAAAAUGAGAGGGAACAUCGAUAGCCCUCCAUUUUUCUUUCAUCCAUGUGCCCAUCUAAAAGCCUUUUAAAUGUCCUUGAUGGUAUCUACCUCUACCACCAGUCCUGGUGGCACGCUCCACGCACCUACCACUCAGUGUAAAAAGUCUUUCUCUGACAUUACCCCCUAUACAUUCCUUCCAAGAGAUUAAAAUUAUGUCCCCUCAUAUUAGCCAUAGAUGGAGCUGGUACUGGGGAAGACUCUAGUACAACAAAAAAAACUUAUAACCAUCUGCCACAUAGAUGAAGUCCAUUCCAGCCCCUUCACAUUAAUUUGAUAUUCACAGAUUUGGGUCCAAUGCUGAGUUAUUGCCUGAUCUUUCAGUUAGUAAUCUAUCAAUUAACAGUUAUCAUAAGGUCUGGAGAAAUCAUUCUGGCCAAUAACAGAAAUUUACUGUACGGUAAUACAAUGAUUUUUGAUAAUAACCAUUUAUUCCAUCGAGACAGUUUGGUUCCAACACUCAGUAUAGCUUGGUCUGAACAUGGACGAGUGCUGAAUCAGAGGAGAUGGGAGUGCCAUCAUUUCCUUGCCAUCAAUACACCAUUUUAUUUGUAUGACAUGCGGGCAGCACAGUAGUGUAGUGGUUAGUGUAAUGCUUUACAAUGCCAGGGAUCUGAUUUGAAUUCCCAUCGCUGUCUGUAAGGAGUUUGACCACGUGAGUUUCCUCCGGGGGCUCUGGUUUCCCCAAAGAUGUAUGCGUUAGUAAGUUGUGGGCAUGCUAUGUUAGCACAUGACAACACUUAAUGGCUGCCCCAAGCACAUCCUUGGAUUGACGCAAAUAACACAUUUCACUCCGUGUUUAGAUGUACAGUACAUGUGACAAAUAAAGCUAAUCUUUAAAGUGUUCUAACAAAACUACAAACCUCCUUAGUAAAUCACUUAAAGUAUCACCUUACUCCCAAAAGCCUUACCAUCCCCGACCAGACUAAUCUCAGGGGUAUGGUGAAAUAUUCCUGUUGCCUGGAUGAGUGCAACUUCAUGGACACUUGGCUAAGUCAACAUCACCCACUUUACAACAGCCUGCUCAACUGGCUGGCUGUAUGUUCACUCUCUCCUGCACUCACGGGCUGCAGAAGAGAUGCACUGUAGUAACUGAGAAGGGACUUAUAGGCAGCAUCUCUCAAACCUGCCCCAAUCCCUAUCUAGAAAAGCAGCAGACGCAUGGGAAUUGUCCCUACCUGAAAGUCUUAUACCAUGAGCAAUGUAUACAAAAUUCAUUAAGUUAGGCAGCAUCUAUGGAGGGGAAUAAACAAAUGGCAUUCCGGGUGAGGGCUUAUCAUUCAUUCGUUUGUUAUGUGCUGGGUCAUAUGAUUUAGGCGAUCAUGGUCUUUCCAUGACCAUGAUCGUCCUGGCAAAUUUUUCUACAGAAGUGGUUUGCCAUUGCCAUCUUCUGGGCAGUGUCUUGACAAGAUGAAUGACACCAGCCAUCAUCAAUACUCUUCAGAAAUUGGUUGGUGGCAGUGGUCACAUAACGAGGACUUGUGAUAUGCAUCAGCUGCUCAUACGGCUUCAUGUGACCCUGAUCGGGUGCUACACAUUGCCCAAGGGUGACUUGCAGACUACCGGAGGGAAGGAGCACCUUGUACCUCCUUUGGUAGAGAUGUAACUCUACCCUGCCAUCUCGAGACCCUAUCUCAUAAUGAUACAGAAAUAUAAUACUGCUCCUUCAUAAUCACUGGGACAAAAUUUAUGGAGUUAUCUCCCAAUCUACCCUGUAGGAGCUCCUUACUCAGAUAAAUAGCAACUGCUCAAAAAGAUGCUAUUCAAGGCCUUUAAAGAUGUGCAACAAAUACUCAACCAUCCCACGGAAGGAUAAAAGCGUUUCACAAUUCAAAAUUUAUUCUCCACACUGAUUUCCCUUACAAGCAGAAUAGGGGAAUAGAUAUAAUAAUCAAAGAGAGAGAAAAAAAUCCAACUGACCUGAAAUGGAGCAUCAUAGCUGGAGAGUAAAUUCUGUUAGAAUUGGCACAGAUCUGAAGCCAGUGUGGAAAUGCAAAUUAGACUUUACAUGGGUCUAGGAAAAAGGUAAGAAGAGCAUAGACUAAUUGACCACAGGGCCUAUUUCUACAGUACUCUGGCACUAGUUAGAUUGAAACACACUACUCUAAAUCUAACAGUACCAAUUUCCACUGGCCAACAACACAAAGUUAAUUUAGUGAUCUGAUCAUCUUGGCAAAUAAGUUUAAUAUCAUGUCACAAAAAAGCACAAUUUAAAGUUACUGUGCUUGCUUAAGUUUAAAUAAUCAAAUGCUGAAGAAAUUUAUUAAAACUACAAAGCCAUAGCAAACAAAUUUGUGGGCAAACACUAAGAUUCAUUAAUCUAUUGAUAAAAGUUGAAAUUAUAGAAUUAAGUUGCACACAAAAUAGUAGAUCAACAGUGUUAACUUUGAGCACGUCAACAAGUAAAAUGCCAAAGUCAUCUUACGCAUAAAGUUCUUGAAAUUAAAGUCAUUCACGACCUCCAGAUGCCCCACAAUAUUUUACAGCCAAUUAAGCACUUUAGAAAUAAAGUCACAUCAUAAUGCCAAAAACAGCAAUUAACACACAGUGUCACUAGCAGCAAUGUGAUAAUGAAAAGAUCAUCUAUUUUAGUGAUGUUGCUUGAAUGAUGAAUGUUAACGUUGACUAGGUGAAUGGGUGACCUCCCAUGCUAUCCAGUAAGCCACAGCUGUUGCUUCAUACACUGUCAACACUGAAGCUCAGGGAUUUACUGAAUGGCUCUGCUCUGAGAAGUCAGGCUGCCAUUAAUCCCUGCUCUGGUACUGCUGCUUUCCCAGCAAUGUGCUUUGGUGUGCAGAGGUCUAUCGUUGAGCUGCCAGGGCCAACAGCAUAAAGGCCAUCAGAUCCAGGAGCAGACCUAGGCCAUUCAGCCCAUCGAGUCUGCUCUGCCACUCUAUCAUGACUGAUGUAUUAUCCCUCUCAACAUCAUUCUCCCGCCUUCUCCCCAUAACCUUUGACACCCUGACUAAUUAAGUACCUAUCAACCUCCAGUUUAAAAACACCAAAUGACUUGGCCUCUGCAGCUGUCCGUGGCAAUUAAUUCCACAGAUUCUCCACCCUCUGGCUAAAGGAAUUCCUCCUCAUCUCUGGUUUGAACAAAAGAGAGGACGAUAUAGCAACCUCCGCCAUAUUCAACGGGAAAUGCUGCGAGACUGAAGGGCCUGUUAAUCUGGUGGUCUAUCAGUCAACAGUAAUGACCAGUCCCCAUAUCUAAAAUAGGAUCUACUGACACUAGACAGGGUCCAGAGAGAAUGGUCAUGGGAAUGAAAGGGUUAAUAUAUCAGCAGUGUUUGAUGGCUCUGGGCCUGUACUUGUUGGGCUUUGGAAGAAUGAGAGGGGAUCUCAUUCAUACCUAUUGAAUUUGAAAAGCCUGGAUAGAGUGAACGGGAAGAGGAUGUUCCCUAUCUUGGGGGAGUCUAGCACCAAAGGCCACAGCUUCAGAAAACAAGGACGUCCUUUUGAAACAGAUGAGGAGGAAUUUCUUUAGCCAGAGGGUGGUGAAUCUGUGGAAUUCACUGCAACAGACAGUUAUGGAGGCCAUGUCACUGGGUAUAUUUAAAUUGGAGAUUAAUGGGUUAUAAUUAGUAAAGGUGUCAAAGGUUACGGGGAGAAGGCAGAAGGAUUUGAGAGGGAUAAUAAAUCAGCCACGAUUGAAGGGCAGACUAGACGAUAGGCCAAAUGGCUUAAUUCUGCUCCUAUGUCUUGUGGUCAGGGUUCACCUGUGGCCUGUAUCAGUACUGACAACCACUUCACUUAUCCCACUGUGACUACAGCAGGCUAUGGAGUAACUCAAUGCCCAUUUGAGGUGAAGACCCCAACACAACUACACUGUCAGCAGCACAUAACUAUAACUAAUGAAAUAACGACUCCCUUCAACAUCGACUCGAAAGACAAUGCUAUUCCCAAAAAUAAAUCUAAGCUCCAAACGACAUACAAUUUAUCAAAACGUACCAUGCUCACACAAGCUGAAAGUUCAAUUACCACUUGCUUUUCAAAUAACAGCAGAUUAAAAACCUUGCACCACGUGACAAGUAUUUCUGGCCCAGCUGGGUCCAGAAAUCUUCCAGUAAGAAUCAGUGGUCAAGAGAUCAUCAGAGGCCUGGAAAUGUCUGUUAACAAUUCACUUGUUUUGUUUGAGCUAUCUAUCACUAGGUUUCCAAUGAGUGCAGGGCACCAAUCAUGUGCACCAUAGGGCAGGCUUUGCACUUUGAAUCCUCUUCAAAGCAACACGCACAAAAUGCUGGAGGAACUCAGCAGAUCAGGCAGCAUCUAUGGAGGGAAAUGUAAAAGGGAAAUAAUGUGUGACAAUUCUGUGGAACAUUAUUUUCCCGAGGUUGCAGUUAGUUGGAUAGAGACUAUUGAUAUCCACACAGAAUGGCAGAGGAUCUCAGCAGGUCAGGCAGCAUCUAUGGAGGGGAA